ACUGUAGGAAAGUCAGCUCUAAGUGGUGUGGAGCCAGUUCUUAUCAGCUCAGGAUAUCUAAGUAUUGUCAUCUGUUCCCAACCCCAUAAUUGGUUUCGUGCUUGUAGCUUGAAAUUGGCCAUGAUAGGAAUAUUUACAGAAGCCAAACAAUACAAAUCAGCCCCUCCCCCCAAACUGGUUGUUACACAUUUACCAGUGUACUACUGAUGUAGGUAGUAGAAACCAGGAGAGUGAAUUCUCUCCCAUUGUAGCCUUACUGGCCAUUUGGACCCGAUUCAAGAAAGGCCUCAAGGGCUUCACAGACCCUACGAUGUUUAUGGCUGGAAUGCGGGGGAGGGCUCUGGGUUCUGGAGAGAGGCGGAUUCGGAGAAAGGUUGAGUGAAGAGUGAGUGACAAAGCUACGGGUAACUUAGGUCUCAGCUGGUAAGAUAAAAUGAGAGAGGUGUCGGAUGAAAGGGCUCCCUUCCCUGGCGUCUCUAGCCGAUUCCCGCCACGCUGGGUGGAGAAGAAAGGGAAGAAGGUGUCUCGGAGAGAUGGACCACUGCGGUCCCGUGGGUGGUGGCGUGGGCACUUAGCUACAGUCCUUCCCCCGCUCCGCCGUCAGGAGGCGCUCUUGCGCGGCCUCCAGACCCACGGCCGCAGCUCCGCACGGCGACGCUCUAGUCGGUGUUUCUCUAAGGCAGGAGGGGCGGUUUGCAGCCGCAAGGCCUCGCCUCGCAUCGCGCAGCCUGCCAGCGCCGGUCAUGACGCGGCUCCCAAAGCUGGUGGUUUUCGAUCUGGAUUACACGCUCUGGCCGUUCUGGGUGGAUACGCACGUAGACCCCCCGUUCCACAAGGGCAGCGACGGGGCCGUCCGGGAUAGGCGGGGCCAGACAGUCCGACUGUAUCCAGAGGUGCGUGACGUCCUGGAAAGGUUGCAGGGCCUUGAGGUACCCGUCGCGGCCGCUUCACGAACAGGGGAGAUUGAAGGGGCCAACCAGCUACUGGAGCUCUUUGACCUUGACAGAUACUUUGUUCAUCGGGAAAUCUACCCAGGCAGCAAGGUCACCCACUUUGAGAGGAGUUACCUGCAUUCAUGUCCAGAAUGGAAUGAAUCUUCAAACCCUAAGUCAGGGACUGGAGACAUUUGCAAAGGCCCAAGCUGGGCCCUGAGGUCCAGUCCUGUGGAUGAGCCUCAUUUGAAACAUAAAACUGAAAAGAAAUCAUGAAGGCAUUUUCAGGUGUAUUUGUAAAUUAUUAAAGUAUGUUUGUGUGUGACAGAAA